UCCAUAAUGGAGAAACAUUCUCAUACUGUAAAAAAAAAUUUAACAAAAAAACGUUUCAAAGGGAAAGACAAUUUUGAUGUAAAUGAACGUGAUUUAAAAGCAUUAAAAUUACAUAAAAAACACAAUAACAGAUUGAAGUAUGACGAGGAAGUCACGUCAGAUGAUGAAGAGUUUCCACUGGAGAAGACUAAGGACGUACAAAAUGAUUUAGAGGAAGACAAAAAAACACCAGAAGAAAUUCGAGUUAGUGUCGCGAAACGUUUUUUAAAACAUUUAAAAGAUACCUUACCUGAAACUGUUACAGAACACUUUCAAAAAAAUUCACAACAUCAGACCCAACGUUACCUAAGUGAUAAAGUAUCUAUCACUUUCAGUGAGUUUCUGAAGGGCCACAAAGACACAGUGACAUGUGUGGAUGUUUCACCUCAUGAUCCUAAUAAAGUAUUUACGGGUUCUAAAGAUUGUUCCCUUAUACAUUGGGACGUCGAAACGAAAAAGAAAAUUCGCUUUUUGGGAAGGCGGCAUCAUUUUUCAUGCGGUGGCCAUUUUGAAAAAGUUUUAGAUCUUGCUGUUGGAUGUGACGCGCAAACCAUUUUAUCUGUUGGCGCUGAUCAUGUUGUUCGUGUUUGGGAUGCUAGAGUUCCAUUAUGUGUUUCAACACUUUAUGGGCAUGGAAAAGCUGUUCGAGGUGUUUGUUUUGAUCCCAAUACUUCUGAUGCUCGCCGUUUUUAUACUAUAGGAGAAGACAAAUCAUUGAAAAUGUGGAAUCUUGAAUUGUCUUCUUGUGAAGAAACGUUUUUUGGCCACACUGCUCUACCUUGUUGUAUUGAUAUUUUAGAUAAAGGACGACCAGUAACAGGGGGAAUGGAUGCUACUGUUCGUGUAUGGAAAGUAGCAACAGAUUCUCAUUUGUUAUUUAAUACAGAAAUGGAAACUGUUGAUUCCGUUGUUCAAUUAAAUAGUCAUCGUACCCUUUCAGGUCAUCAGAAUGGAACGAUAAUGUUAUGGUCUGUUGGAAGCCGUAAACCCUUAAGUGUUGUCCAUAAUAGUCAUGGUACUGGUUCUUGGAUUACGUCGCUUGGAUGUAUACGCCGAUCAGAUGUUUUUUUUUCUGGUAGUGAUACCGGUUCUAUCAAACUUUGGAAAAUACAAGGAAAUUUUUCUAAUCAUAAAGACAUUCAAGAUACUAAUAAACACAAAGGUUCCACUGAAAUUUUUCCCAUAGACCAUCAAGCUAUUCCUAUUGCUGGAGUUGUAAACCAAAUAACAACAUCUGCGGACGGGUCUUUUUUAUACGCUGCAGUAGGAAAAGAACAUUCUUUAGGAAGAUGGAAGCACAUUAAAGAGGCAAAAAAUGGAUUAUUAGUAACGAAAAUUAAUUGUGAGAUGGAUGAAAUGAACUGCAACACAUCUGCUUGAGUAUUAUAAUUUUAUUCAAUUCAUUUUUUCUUUUUAUUAAAAAUUUUUUUUUUUUUGGUUUAAAUAAUAUAAAUAGAUUGCUAAAUUGUACAUUCUGUUUCA